UCUGUAUGCACCUAUUUUUGAGUUGCAUCUAGUAGAUGAAAUUCAGUUUGCUACUCCACGACGAUGACAAGGAACACAAAGAUCUAGUAGAUCAGAUGCUUCGUUGUGAUGUAGAAUUAGUAGUCUCGCUCCUUAAGCUUUUAUUACUCCUUGCGCUUUUAUUAGAAACACCCCGGUGGCAAAUCAAGAUCUCAAGUUGAUAUUGAUUUCAAUGUUACCCACGUCCUACGUUCGUAUGCAUUGAAGUUGAACUUAGAAAAAACAAGAACCCAUUACUCAGCAACUUUUAUAUGUCAUUUUGUUCUUCACCUGUCGAUGUCAUUCUCAUUGCUCCGCCUCACUUCGUUCACAGGACAAGCAAUUUUAGUAGUAGCAACUUAGUACGCAACUUAGUACACUCGUAGCACUACGAUGAGUACAGAUGUUUUGUUAGUUAACAAAUAACCUCCCAUGAUAAAGAACUACAACUAGACCCACGACCUAAACAUCAACUUUACGAAGAGAAAAACACCCUCCCUCCAAAGAAAAUGUCGGCCCCCGCCCCCCGCAAGCUCUUCAACGCGGACAAGUCCGACCGGGCUUAUUCCUUUUUCGAGGAGCUUUUCAAGGUCGAUGCGCACUUCCACCAAAUUACUGAUUGGGGCCUGUUCCUCGGCGACGCGACGGGCGCGCAGGAUUGGGAAAAGUUGAAAUCUAUGCUGAGUAAAAAGAACAUACCCACCCCAGAGUUGUCUUGCAAAUCAGCAUACCAAAAAAGUUUCUCAUGCGAAGCCCCAUGAGAAGCAGACUCUAGUCGUGUUUUGGACUUUGUGAUGCUAGAAUCAGCAUGAUAUGCUAGAUCUGUGAUGCUACUGAACUAGCGAAACAGGAUCACACUAUGAGGGCAAACUUGUCUGUCAUGCGAAACAGCGAAAGCUGGUCGAUUUGUCUAGCAGAUUUCCCAUCUUGACUCUGGUCGUGUGGGAACAUUUUUAAUCAGGAUAGAAUCCUCCGGAAUUCUCAAUGUGGUCGUCUGCCACCCGAAUCUCCCCUUCUUUUUCGACAAAAAGAUGAUGCCCAACGUGUAUCCUGUGCAAAAGUAUCGUACUCGUAGUAAUUGCAAUCAUGCAUUACAAAUCUCCUUUCCAAGGUAAAACAGCAUGACAAACUUCAUUUAUCAUGCUGACCGAAUUUGUCAUGCGAUUUAUACUAGUACGAUACUUCUGCAAUGCAUAACGUGAUCAACCAGGGCACGGGGAAAGCCAUGCUGGGCUCCGUUUCCUAUUUCCGCUGCCCGGUUUUGGACACGCCGAUGUUCGAUUUGAAACCCCACUACGAACCGGCGAUCAAGUUCAUCCACGACUGUUUUAAGAAGAAAGAACGGGUUUUGGUCCACUGCCAAAAAGGAAUUUCCCGGUCCUCCGCGUUGGUCAUCGCGUACAUCAUGAAAUAUGGCUUCGGCGACGAAGCUUUCGCUUUAAUGCAGAAAGAUCCGGAAGCCGCGAAGGAUGUAGAUUUCAACGACUUGAGCUUCGAGAACGUGUUUAAAUUCGUGGAGAAAAAACGACCGGCUUGCUUCCCUAACAUCGGAUUUCAAGAGCAGCUGCGGAUGUACUUCUCGGCAACUUCUGGGGAUAAGAAAGUCCUGAACCUCAACGACUACAAAUUCGACCCGAAACAGGUGGUGUCCGACGUGAAGGAGCGGAUUCAGGCGAGAUUCGACGACGCGAGCAACCAGGUCAAGGAUUUGUUGGAUUCCUUGUCCUACGACGAGUUUCAACAGACGACGAGCUGGAAGCGGACGGGGUUGUUUUUCGAAAACCUCCACAAGUACGAAUUUGUCGACGAGUUUAUCGAGUUUGGGAAACACGGCGACAGCAAAAAUGCGUCGUUGAACCCAUUAGAGUACAAGUACCGGUCCCCGAUCAUCCGUCAGGGCGAGGCGAUUGUGAAGCAGUUGGAAUCCGUGGAGCGGGUUCUCUCCCCAACGUUGGAUGGCGUGAAGAUGGCGAUCGCAUUGGCCAAGGAGAUGAAGCACUGGUAUGCAUUGCAAAAGUAUCGCACUAAGUAUGAAUUGCAAUUCAAAUUGGCUCAGCAUUACAAAUUGAAUCUGUAAUGCGGAUUUCUCUUAACAUCUAGAAUUCUGAUGCAUCACUGCGAUUAGUACGAGUGCGAUAUUACUUUUGCACUGGAUAACUGGAUGAAAAUGUUGAAGGACGAGGAAUUGAUCCAGCGGAAAGUCAUCGAAAAACGAGAUCAAUCCUUGGAGCGGGCGAAGAAAAAGGAGGAAUUGAAGAAGAAAAAAAAGGAGGAAAAACGAGAGAAAAAGCGGUUGAAGAAGGAGAAAAAGAACCAGAAAAAAGCGGAAAAAAAACGGCAGAAGGAGAUGAAGCGAUCGAAAUUAGUGAACUCGAAAUUGAAGAAGUUACAGCAAGAAUUGAACCUGCUGCAGAAAGAAGAGUCGGAAGAGGAGGAAAGUUCAUCGAGUGAGUCCAGUUCUUCCUCUGAAUCUGAUUCAGAAGAAGAUUUUUCCGCCGGGAAGGACCAGGGCAAGUCAAGGAACGGAGCAGGAGGUGGUGCAAGUGGGUCGCAUGCGCCGGAUAAUAAUGCGACAUCAUCGCGGGGAGGUGGCCCGAGUGCUCUGCCGCCCGCGAGCAGGAACAAGAACGACAGUCGGGGACGCCGCGAUCGUGGUCGGCGCAACGACAGCCGCGGUCGUCGAAAUAAAGCCAACGACUCUCGCGGCAGGACAACUACCACUUUGCAACCCGUCCGGGCGCAAGAAUCCAUCUCGGACCGGCGAUCGGCUGCGCUGCCGAGGGACACGAAAUUUCACCACAAGACCCCACCGCGAGUGGACCACCAUUCGCCUAGGGCGCGGCCGUUGCACAGCCACCGGAGUCGGAGUCGGGAUAGAGGAGCUGGUGGUGGACCACAGCGGGGAGGUGGAGAGGAACGCGGUGGUGGAAACCGGCAAUACGGGUCACGCGGACGGGAUGCUGAGAGGAGAGAGCGGAGGUGAAGGAAUGAGCGAUUUUUUUUCGUUUUGAGAAGAACAAGUUUUUCAAUUUCGAGAUGAAAAUUGUAGACCACAACAUUUGAUGAUGGACGCUACACCAGGACCAAAAUAAAGCGAUGGAGAGAACACAAGAAAACCAACCACAAACCAGACGACCGAGUGCAUAUGUUACACAUGGAUGAACAUGAAGAAAUGUGGACUUCGUUAAAUAAUGUUGGCCUCGGAUUCGGAAAGAG